AUGAAACACAGUAGCGACAGCAAUCGGCCGCAACCUCUCCGUCGGCAGAAUUCUCACCUGGUACACUUUUCAUCAAAUCAAAUCGUACCCGAACGGUCGUCAUACGAUAUCACCGCUGCGCAUCCCUCACGACGUAUUUGUUCAGAGGGACGUGAGCUGGCUGCUGCGACACAGAAAGCACGCUCAAGUCAUGAACAGGGUUUUUUGAAUCAGAAAUAUCUCAAGAACCCAUUUCGCAGGAAUCGGCAUGAAGGUGAGUUAUUGCGAGCUGAGCGAAUGUUGUUACGCAUUGAGUAUGCCAAGGCAAAUACUGUUCCAAGCAGCUACAGUGAUGUACAUGCCGGUAAGCUGGAGAGACGAACGAGUAUGCAUUGGCGUGAAUUUGUGCUUGCUGCGCGACCGAAUGCAGAAGGUCAUGUUGUCCUCUACUUUCAUCGCAACAGGACAAUUCCUGCGAUUGCAAAGAAUAUCACCAAUAUCAAAGCAACCAAGGAGAUUGUCCUCGAUCCGAAAUACACGAGCGCCAAUUUAUACUCGACACUCGAUAAGACGAUUGUCAUCUGGACAACUGACCCCAAGAAGAAGCGCGAUUGGAUAUUCAUCUUACGACCACGUACAUUGCAAACCAGUGUUGAAUGGUAUGCUUUCAUACAAACGCUCUUGGGUGUGAAGCGUCGAUCGUAUGCACUCAUGACUGUGCCGACCCUUGGUGUCAAAUUAAAGCUUGAAUUGCCGAGUUCAGCAGGAAAAUCCACAGACGACGCACAUUCACUUGCAAGCGAUGAUGGCAGUGAGGCAGACUUACAAAUGAAUGAUGAAGGUGCCGUUGUGGAUGGUGAGGGGAAACCCAUCACUGGCAACUACCUCAUCGACAAGUGUUUGACCAUGCUUGCCACAGAACCUUGUUGGCAGCCUGUGGUUCAAGAAUGGCGCCGUUCAAACCUCGUCGGGUUGUGUUGGCGUCGGUAUGAUCGCAUCGAGUGGCUUCAUGGACCUGGAGCACAGCGGUCUAUCGGACAAUGGGCUAUGGCUGAAACGCAUGAAUUGGAAUUACGUCCAAAGGAACAUUAUCCAACAAGUGUCACUGCUACGAGAAAAUUACCAGCCAUGGACGAGCCUGCUCCGAUCGAGGGAUUCCUUGUUCGGUUGACGAGCAGUACUGGCAGACAAUCACGAUUCGGCAAAGUCUUUUACAAACGCCUGUACUUCUCAACGCAUGAUGGACUCUUGUUUUAUGCAUUCCCAAUGAAUGCUACACCGCCGCCUCCACCAAGUUUCGUGCCAGGUGUAUCGGAAGCUGAGGCAGAGGAACUCGUCAAGGCUAGUCCUUUGGUGUACACAGUCGAGCCUUAUCCACUGGAAGACGGCAAGAUUACGUGGACGCGGCAUUGCGAUCGAGAAGUAUUUGCAAAGCAAGACAAGAUGGCCAUGACUGAAGCAGCGCGACGUGUUAAGCAAUUACAUGCAUCCACUGGCUACCUCGAUCUCACCAAAGUCGUCAAGAUUCGUUCGUACAAGCAAACCAAGCAAGAUGUCGACCAUGAUCUGGACCAUGGCGAUGGCGUCGACUUUGAUGGUGAGGAGGACGAGACAAUGGAUACAGGUGUGACCGACGAAGUUGACGAUGCGCGCAUCUUUGAGAUUGUACUCGACUCUGGCCUUGUUGUACGAUUACAGGCGUUCAACUUGGAAACGCGCAACGCCUGGAUCCGACAACUUCGACAAUUGGUGGUUUACUGGAAACGACGCCUUGCCGAGGACGAAAGUGCCCUUGCUGCAAUGCGUCGUGAGAAUAUGGAAACCUUGCGUAUCGAUGAACAACUCGAACCGCUUGUGGAUAUGGUUUGCAAUCGAUGGGAAGUGGCACACUGCGUCUCUGAACCCAAGCGAUACAAUUUCUGCUCCAUCACUUCCUGCCGUACGAUUGCGAUCCAAGGAUUACUCUACCGCAAACCUCGUGUCCAUUCUACAUUCAAGCGCUACAAUUGCGUCGUCUCUCAUGGCAAGCUGUUUGUGUACAAUCACUUUCACUACAAGGCAUCUGGCGACAUUGAGCAUCACAUUCACAACAGCAAGCGACAGGAGAUCGAUUUGAGCGACUGCUACAUCUUUUCGGGAAUGAUUACACAAGGCGACUUGCUUGACUCACGGGAAGAUUUCGAUCGACUUGGACCUGGUCGUCACUCGCUACCAAGAUUGUAUGCAGAUGGUUGGACCUCUCAGGAUGAUCAGGAAGCCUUGUGCUUUGUUUUGUGGAGUGGUCGACGUCGAGUGGCCCUAUCGCAGCUCGACAAGAAGGACUCGGGUCGCAAGAAAUCAGUGUCACGGCUCGGUGUUGCAGGUCACAGCAUGGUGUACUUGUGUCGCUGUCGCCAGGAGCGAGACUUGUGGGUGCAGAUUAUCUCGAGGGAGAUUGAACGCACAACGCAGGAGAGUCUGUCGUCGAUGUGA